UUGCGGCCGUGUGUCUGACUUGUCUGAUGUGCGGGAAGGGCUCAUUGACUCAGCGCCUGCGCGUUGUGCCUGGCCGUGCUCUCUUUUAUGCCCCUCUAUUCUCCUCUCUCCCUCAGGGCGUUUUCAUCUCAACAACAGAGUGUCCUCACCCAGGCCUGCCUUCCGGCCAGUAUGGGCUUAUACAUCAGGCACAUUCCUGCAUGUGUGGCCUCCGGUCUGCCCUCCUCUGGCCACAUUCAAGUCCUUUCUGACCAGUUUAAAAAUUGUGAAAGUGAACUGCCACCUAUUUCAGAGGAGAGAUGACUGCCAGAAACGAGGUCUUGGUGCGGAAGGUCUUUGGAGUGGGAGGGCUCUCAAGUGCAGGUGGCAGGUGUUCUGCACCUUGCUAGGCCAAGGAGCCCGCAGUUAGAAAGGCCAGGAAGUGGGAGUCAGGGGCAGGGGGCUUUCCAGCCAUCUUCCCCCGUAGCCCCCCAGCUGAGAACAGAUGGAAACGUGAAGACGGGUAGCUGGGGCGGCCAGGGAACCCAAGUCCGCUGGCCGAAGCCAAAGCCUGGCACCACCCCCCAUCCUUGCUGGUGGAAAGCACCGUGAAAUCAACCAGCGGCAGGUCUGAACGCGACGCAGAGCCCGCGAGGGAGUCUGGGCAAGGACGGAGCGGGCCUGCACCGGCGGUUGGGCGGGCUCCGGUGGCGGGGUCCACCUGGGACCGCGGCGCGCCCCUCACCGCUCGCGCCGCCAGGGGGCGCCCUCCGAAAAGCGUGCCUAGGCCGCGACCUGCGCUUGGCCCCUGCGGGCCGCCGUCUCCGUGCCCGGCCUUCGGCCGCCGUUCGGCUGCGCGGCGGCGGCUCCUGGCGGCGCCGCAGUCGGACUUUCGGGUGCCUGCUGGCCGGCGGCAGCGGCGAUGGCCCCCUGAGCAGGCAGGGAGCAGGCGGCGGCAGGCGGGCAAGCGGGCGGGUGCCGCAGCCCAGGCCCGAGUCGCGCCUCUUUGUUUCCACGGUAGCGGCGCAGCCCCGGGCCCCGGGCGGAAGUGAGACGCUCUCGGCGCGGGGGCCGCGGCGGCCGCACCAUGAGCGACAUCCGCCACUCGCUGCUGCGCCGCGACGCGCUGAGCGCCGCCAAGGAGGUGUUGUACCACCUGGACAUCUACUUCAGCAGCCAGCUGCAGAGUGCGCCGCUGCCCAUCGUGGACAAGGGUCCCGUGGAGCUGCUGGAGGAGUUCGUGUUUCAGGUGCCCAAGGAGCGCAGCGCGCAGCCCAAGAGACUGAAUUCACUUCAGGAGCUUCAACUUCUUGAAAUCAUGUGCAAUUAUUUCCAGGAGCAAACCAAGGACUCUGUUCGGCAGAUUAUUUUUUCAUCCCUUUUCAGCCCUCAAGGGAACAAAGCUGAUGACAGCCGGAUGAGCUUGUUGGGAAAACUGGUCUCCAUGGCAGUGGCUGUGUGUCGAAUCCCGGUGUUGGAGUGUGCCGCCUCCUGGCUUCAGCGGACGCCCGUGGUUUACUGUGUGAGGUUAGCCAAGGCCCUUGUGGAUGACUACUGCUGUUUGGUGCCGGGAUCCAUUCAGACGCUGAAGCAGAUAUUCAGUGCCAGCCCAAGAUUCUGCUGCCAGUUCAUCACCUCCGUUACUGCGCUCUAUGAUCUGUCGUCAGAUGACCUCAUCCCACCUAUGGACUUGCUUGAAAUGAUUGUCACCUGGAUUUUUGAGGACCCAAGGUUGAUUCUCAUCACUUUUUUAAAUACUCCGAUUGCGGCCAAUCUGCCAAUAGGAUUCUUAGAGCUCACCCCGCUCGUUGGAUUGAUCCGCUGGUGCGUGAAGGCCCCCCUGGCUUAUAAAAGGAAAAAGAAGCCCCCCUUAUCCAAUGGCCACGUCAGCAACAAGGUCACAAAGGACCCGGGCGUGGGGAUGGACAGAGACUCCCACCUCCUGUACUCAAAACUCCACCUCAGCGUCCUGCAGGUCCUCAUGACGCUGCAGCUGCACCUGACCGAGAAGAAUUUGUAUGGGCGCCUGGGGCUGAUCCUCUUCGACCACAUGGUCCCGCUGGUAGAGGAGAUCAACAGGUUGGCGGAUGAACUGAACCCCCUCAACGCCUCCCAGGAAAUCGAGCUCUCGCUGGACCGGCUGGCACAGGCUCUGCAGGUGGCCAUGGCCUCAGGAGCUCUGCUGUGCACGAGAGAUGACCUGAGAACCUUGUGCUCCAGGCUGCCCCAUAAUAACAGAGAGCCGCAGAGGCUGACGUGGAGGCCACCUGUGUGGGCUGCGCGCCCGGGAGUGCUGCGGCUGGAGCUCCGUGGGCCACAGGCCCUGUGCAGGGCCCGCUCCCACGCAUCCUCGCCUGUGAGGUCCUGGCUCUGCCACUGCUGCUCCGCGUCCACCGCCUGGACCCUCGGGUGGUCCGUGCCUGUCCUCCUCCAGCUGGUGAUCUCGGGUCCCGUGCAGCAGUCACCUCACGCCGCGCUGCCCCCGGGGUUCUACCCCCACAUCCACACGCCCCCGCUGGGCUACGGGGCCGUCCCGGCCCACCCCGCCGCCCACCCCGCCCUGCCCACGCACCCCGGGCACACCUUCAUCUCGGGCGUGACGUUUCCCUUCAGGCCCAUCCGCUAGGCUGGCCCGCGUGUGCCUUCUGCGCCCUCGCUGGACGAAGCCUUCCGAGAAGGAAGGGGUGGCCAGACCCCCAGAAGAGAACCUCGGGGAAGGGGCCGGGCAGCCCCUCCCCGCCGGCAGAACCGUCUCGGUGUCACGGAGUCCAGGUGCUUCCCACCCGGUCGCAUUCUUUGACGUCCAGAUUGGAUGGUGAAGGGAAGAGUCCAGCCUCUGCCGAGAGCCUGCUGCGUGCGUUUUCAAAACAUGCCGAUCCCGGGAGCCUCUGUUCUCUACGCAUUUCAGACAUACAGCCUGUGUGGCGAGGAGUGUGACGGGAGGAGCCACAGGUGCAAGCCCGUGUGUCUGGCCUCUUUCCUCGUGAAGACGAUGUGUCCCCGCCAGAAAAAGUGGGCUCCUUCUGCAGCCCCGUGAGCUGAGCCCAGGCUGCGUAGUGACCACAAGCUUAUGUGCAGCACUGCUCAGGGAAGCUGUCAGGAAUUCCCCUCACCUCGGAAAGGAACUUCUCAGUUUUAUUGGGGGUGUCUAAAUUUUCCUUUCAUAUGUUCAAAUAAAUUUUUCUAAACAGUCA